AUGCUGCUGCUGCUUUGGCUGUUUCUCCUCAUUUCUUUGCGAAGCAGAUUCACCAACGUCAGUGUGGAGUGCAGCUACGAGUUCUGUUCGAGCACCAGGGGAUGGCUGACCCCCAAGGGGGAGGUCAACAUGGACAUCCACCUGAAUCGCACCCUAAGGAACGGACUCCGCACCACCAUUACUCUGAUGCAGCAGCCAGAUAUCGCCACACAUCGCUACCAGACCUUGUUCAGCUAUGACUUUGACACCUGCAAGACCCUGAGGGAACUGAUGCAGGCCAGCCUCAUGAAGGUCUGGCUGAGGAACGUCUUCAAGUACGGCAACCUGGCGGACAAGUGUCCCAUUAAGCCAGACAACUUUACUAUCCGAAACUUUGUGCUGGAGAACAGCAGCAUUCCGGCGUACCUGCCUACGGGAUUCUAUCGCCUCCACGACACAAAUUAUUACGGAAAGCCCAAGGGCAGGCAUCGGCGUCUGGUGGCCACUUUUAUAUUGGACAUAAAGUUCUAUUAA